UUCUACAAGAGAAGGUACAGCUGAGGAGGAAGCACUCUGAAAUGGAUCUCAAGUAUGUCAUCUUAGUUGUCUGCUGUGGAUGCCUGAACAACGCCGUUUUCUCAGAGACAGAGGCUGCUACAACAGAGCGGCAGCCACAGCCUACUCUAGUGAGCAUGCCAGGAUCAGGUGCUUCAGUGGAGUCUCAAUUCAACAGUUCUUCUGGCCAACCAACUUUACCUACCCAAGUCACUGUAGGACCACCCAUGCCAGCCUAUGCCUCUGCUGGAAAACCAGCAGCCCUGACCGCUACUGAGCAACCACCUGCCUCUAACAUCACCAGACACCCAAUACUAUUGGCUAACACCUCCUCCAGACAGACAGACAAACCUGUGCUCACCUCUGCUCAACUACCAGCCCAAUCAGCUCACACUUCCACCGAACGCUCACCGCCACCACUUGUCUCCAGCUCUGUGCAACAGCCACCAUCACCUGCUCACACCUCUUCUAGCAGACGGACGCCAUCCACUGCUCAAGCAACUUCCAAGGUCAAGGAUUCACCCAUAGUUACACCAGGAUUCAUACUAGAAACCACCCCCAAACAAUACCCACAUAAAACUAAUUCUGGCUCAACAGCUGCUAUAACUAUCGGUGUAAUUCUGACUUUGAUGCUGGUAGCUAUAGCCAUGAUUUUAAUAUGGAAAUGCUUGAGAAAACCAGUUGCAAAUGAUCAAAAUUGGGCUGGUAGGUCUCCAUUUGCUGAUGGUCAAACUCCAGACAUAUGCAUUGAUAACAUGAGAGAAAAUGAGGUGCCUGGAAAACGUAUGUCAAUUGUUUCCCUUAUGACCUGGAAACCCAGCAAAAGUACACUGUUAGCAGAUGACUUAGAAAUUAAGUUGUUUGAAUCAACUGAAAAUGUGGAAGAUGCCAACAACCCUACAACAGGGAAAACAAAAGAUCAAGUGACUGGUACAUCAGAGGAGAGUGCUGAUGGAACAACCAUCGGCACUGCUGUUUCCUCCUCAGAUGACGUAGACCUGCUCCCACCUCCUCCUCUUUCUGAUGUGGAAGGACAGGAGGGUAGUAAGCAGUCUGACGAGCCUCCACCCACAAUGGAAUCUCCUCUUCCAAAUGAUCCGACCAAUGCUCCACCACCUCUGCUCUGUCUCAAAGACACUUGUGAAGAUCACAAUGCUGAGAUCCAACAGCCAUUUCCACCUUCCCCUGACUCACUUAACUUGCCCCCACCACCUGAAGAUUUGAUGGGAGCGCCACCAGAGCCCACCGAGGCCCAGUGUCAGGAACUCUCUCUUCCAUCUGACCCUGGUCAAGAGUUCAACGAUUCCCUGCCACUCCCACCUGAAGAAUUUUAAAUUCUACAACUGGCUUAUGGCUGAUUUCCCAUCUUUCUUAAAAGACCCAUCUUCUGUUUUCUUUCAUGUGAUGAAAUGUAUAAAACAACAAUAGGUGGUCAUUUUUCAUUUUCAUUCACGAACUACUUGAAAACUGUUUUAAAAACAUGUGCACAGAUAGAACAGUAUUUUUAACUGAAUCUUGGGGGAAGUUUGCCCAGCAAGUUGUUUCCAUUUGACAAUUUCCACACAAAGAGUUCAGUGAGUAAGUUACAUUUAUCACCAGUUGUCUAUAUUCUCCUUAUGUUGUUUCUUCUGUUUCCGGUGCUCCUCUAGUUUCCCUGCCUCCUUUUCUUCUCAUCCGUGCUUUUUAAGUGACUGAGGGUCUCAUUCUGAUGAUUUUAAGUGGCGUAUCACUCUUAUGGGAAGCCUGCUUUGCGUGCUAUGGGGCUAGACUCUACUCCAGUUUUAGAGUGUCUUGGGGUCUUAGUCGCAAGAAGCCCUUCAUUUUCUACUGCUGCAGUUUGGUCUUUCUUUUUGGUGGGGUGUGGGGUGAAAUCUGAGUCUGCUCCAUAAUUUUUCUGCCAUUGAAUCCAGGGCCAUCUAUUAUGACCCUGGUCAGGAUGCUCAAGGUUGGUUGCCAGGCAACAUCUAGUUCCUCUGGUCUCAGGGUGGAUGACGUUCAGUUAGCUUCUUGCUGUCUUUCUCUGGUGAAGAAGAGUCCUGUUAUUGUGGCUCCUUGUAAGCUUUUACAAUCUUAGGUCCUACUCACUUCACGGGGAGACAGAUCAUGAUUUCUGUGAACUAUGGCAAUUGAUUGAGUUGUCCCGCGAGCCUUAGGCUUUAAACCCAGAAAAGCCAUCUUUGAAGGUAUUUGAUUAUGUCCAUAGGGGGAUCUGUAUUUGUGGCUUCACUUAAUGCAUUUGCACCCACAUAUCUGCAUGUACCUAUAGACACUUCUCUCUGUUCUCAGCUAUGUACACAGCUGAACCUACUCAUAUGCUCAUAUCCACCUAUGUGUUCUCAAACACACACUUUUGCCUUGCUCAUUCGGUGCUCAUUCGGUGCCAUUUUUUGCAUAUCACCAAAACAAACAUAAAUGUUUAUGAUCUAAAGGGUAUUUUCCCCUCCCCCUAUGCAAUCUCUGAGAACCACCAGCAGACAAUGAUCUCUUUCUAGAUGUCUAUGUUUGAAGGACGACUGAAGAAGACAUGAUGCACUUGAAUGGUGACAAAGUAUAUUGUAUAUAGCACCAACUGCCAAAAGAAUGAAUAAAUCUGUCUUGAGAGAAGUACAGCCAGAAUGCUCCUUAGAAGUGAGGCUAGUGAGACUUUGUGUACUACUUGUGUUACCGGGAAGGACCAGUGCUCUGAAGAGGCUAGCAUGCUUGCCUAAGUAAAGGGUCAGUGCCAAAGGGGCAGACCCACCGUGAGACAGACUGACCCAGUAGGUCAGCAAUGGGCUCAGCCCGCACCAGGACUGUUGUGUUGUUGAGACAACCCUCUCAGGAACACCAAAACAAACAAACGUUUCUUCUGAAAAAGGAGGGAUCAUAUAAUAUUCGUCCUUAGGUGCUUAUUUCUUUAUUUCACCUAGCCCAUGCCCUCCAGGUCCAUCUAUGUUAUGUGAAACUUAUUUUAUGAAAAUUAGCAUUAUGAUUUAUUUACUGGCUAUAGUACCUAUCUUUAAAGUAUACAAUAUUGCAUUUUAAACAUAUGGAUGGAAUGUAUGUCAAUAAUGCAACCACUUUGGAAACAAGCAAUCUA